CCAGCCAUGACCUUCGGGCGCAGCGGGGCGGCCUCGGUGGUACUGAACGUGGGCGGCGCCCGGUACUCACUGUCCCGGGAGCUGCUGAAGGACUUCCCGCUGCGCCGCGUGAGCCGGCUGCACGGCUGCCGCUCGGAGCGCGACGUGCUCGAGGUGUGCGACGACUACGACCGCGAGCGCAACGAGUACUUCUUCGACCGGCACUCGGAGGCCUUCGGCUUCAUCCUGCUCUACGUGCGCGGCCACGGCAAGCUGCGCUUCGCGCCGCGGAUGUGCGAGCUCUCCUUCUACAACGAGAUGAUCUACUGGGGCCUGGAGGGCGCGCACCUAGAAUACUGCUGCCAGCGCCGCCUCGACGACCGCAUGUCCGACACCUACACCUUCUACUCGGCCGACGAGCCGGGCGCGCUGGGCCGCGACGAGGCGCGACCCGGCGGUGCCGACGCGGCCCACUCCAGGCGCUGGCUCGAGCGCAUGCGGCGGACCUUCGAGGAGCCUACGUCGUCGCUGGCCGCGCAGAUCCUGGCCAGCGUGUCGGUCAUAUUCGUGAUCGUGUCCAUGGUGGUGCUGUGUGCCAGCACGCUGCCCGACUGGCGCGCCGCGGCGGCCGACAACCGCAGCCUGGAUGACCGGAGCAGGUACUCCGCCGGCCCUGGGAGGGAGCCCUCCGGGAUAAUUGAAGCUAUCUGCAUAGGUUGGUUCACUGCAGAGUGCAUCGUGAGGUUCAUCGUCUCCAAAAACAAGUGUGAGUUUGUCAAGAGACCCCUGAACAUCAUUGAUUUACUGGCAAUCACACCGUAUUACAUCUCCGUGUUAAUGACAGUGUUUACAGGCGAGAACUCUCAACUCCAGAGGGCUGGAGUCACCUUGAGGGUGCUUAGAAUGAUGAGGAUUUUUUGGGUGAUUAAACUUGCCCGUCACUUCAUUGGUCUCCAGACACUUGGUUUGACUCUCAAACGAUGUUACCGAGAGAUGGUUAUGUUACUCGUCUUCAUUUGUGUUGCCAUGGCAAUCUUUAGUGCACUUUCUCAGCUUCUUGAACAUGGGUUGGACCUGGAAACAUCCAACAAGGACUUCGCCAGCAUCCCUGCUGCCUGCUGGUGGGUGAUUAUCUCUAUGACUACAGUUGGCUAUGGAGAUAUGUAUCCUAUCACCAUGCCUGGAAGAAUUCUUGGAGGAGUUUGUGUUGUCAGUGGGAUUGUUCUCUUGGCGUUACCUAUCACUUUUAUCUAUCAUAGCUUUGUGCAGUGUUAUCAUGAGCUCAAGUUUAGGUCAGCUAGAUAUAGUAGAAGCGUCUCUGCUGAGUUCCUCAAUUAACGCAUUGCAAAUCGAUUCUUACAUACAGUUUGGCAGAAAGAGUUGACGCUACUUCCUAUUCAUUAUGCAGUUCUUGCUGGGUGAGCACUACAGUGGUACUGUCAUCAUGUUGGUAGGGUAAAAAUUAUCCUUUCCAGCUGAAGGGAUGAAAAAAUUUCCUUAUAAUGGAGUAAAUAGGAUUGAGACUUCAAAGGAAAAGUAAUAACUCCUAGAGUAAAUUUUAGGAUCUUAUUUUAUUUAGGCUUGUCUCCUCCUUGCCUUGAACAAUUACACUUUUUGUGUUUGUUUUAAAGUAUAUUAUUUGAACAUUUUAAAACUGAAGGUACUAUUUUCCAAAUGUUUUUCCAUCUUAUGAAUUCAGAAGAAGCUUGGAAGUUACAGUGUUUUUUGUUGGAGAGCAACAUUUUCAUUUCUAAAUGUUUUAUAAUCUCUCAUAUCAAUGUCAGAAGUAUCCUGGAAACAUAUGUCACACGCAGGAACUGUUUAACAAAUACUUUAAAAAUUUUGGCCAAAUUUUAAACUGUAUAAUGGAGCUAGAUACAAGCAAGGAUAGUAUUUGAAAAACUUUUCCAGCACGUUUCUCAAUUCCCGGAUUUAUUUUUGUUUCUAUUAUUCACUUUAUCAUACAGCUUCAUGGAAGCUUGAGCAUGUUUUCUUUUUUCCAUUUUGGUUUUCUUUUAUCUCUUUACUGAAAUGACUCAACAGAGUAUUUCAGAAUAAGGAGAGCUUGUAUUGUUUAGCAUUUUAUUGGAGUUCAUUUUACUUGAAUUCAUUGCUGUUACUAGGUGAUAAUUGUCCUAACAUUCAGAUGUCCAAACAAGAAUAUUUCCAACAUAAAAAUGAUAAUAGAGAUAGUUUGAUAUUACAACCCAUAUUUAUCUUCUUCUGCUCUUAAUUUUUUUCCGUGGGUUUAAUAAGACUUACCAGAUGAAAGGAUGUUUACAUAGCCUUUUUAUACCAAAGUCAUACUUAGAUGUUGUCACUGGAUUAUCAUAAAAAGAGAAAUUAAAUAUUUCCUUACUCUUGGUUGCUAUGUAGCUAAGCCAAUUUUAAGCCAGCUAAAAACAAUGAAUAUAUAAUUGUUUGAUCUGAGCUUCAUCAUUUUGAAUUGCAGCUACACCAAAACUUCUUAUAUCAAUGUUGAACAAUAUGCCACAUUAAUCUGGGUAGAUUAUUAGGACUAGAUAAUAUAAAACUUAUAACUAUUUAGUGCUAAAUUUUAGCAAUAUGAAUUAAGAUUUUCCUUUGUUAACCAGUUGCCAUAAAGAAGUCGGUAGACAAACACAAAAAAUUAAAGUCAUAGAUUCACAGAUAGUUUAAUGUUGUACACUGUAAUUUAAUGGGAGUGUAGAGGGUGGGUAGAGAAGGGAUGGGGCCUGGAUAUAUUUAUUGAAGAACAGAAAUGUUCCUUUGAAGAAUAAUAGCCAUCAUCUAGUUCAGACCUCAGUUAGUACAGGUAGACAAUCAGGGUAAGAGAGGAUAUGACUGUGGAGGAAUUAGGGCCAAAACCUGGAUCACUAGAAACCUACCUACCUGGCCCAGCAGCUUUCCUUUUUUUUUUUUUUAAGAUUAUUUAUCUGAGAGAGAGAGAGGGAGCACAA